CUUACUCAUCUUUAUUCUUGAUUCUUACAGAACUUCAGUUGUGACCAUGAGUUGUCUGCUAAACAAUGUUCAGAGGUUGUAGCAUAUGAACAUUUGUUAAGAGAGAAAUUGUAUCCAGCCCUUAUAUAUUUAUGGUGGGUUGAACCAAAAAGUUAUUAUGAUGUAAUACAUAAGUGGUACUUUAGCAGUAUGCCAUUUCCACAUAAGUUUUGGUAUCCGGGAAAAUUCCACAAGGGGCACACCGAUUUGAUUAACAGCAUAUUUGAUGACUCCUGUGAUACUCAUACGAUUGAGACUGAGUUACAUAAACAAGCCCAAGAAUGUUUAACCAUGUUAUCAAAUCGCCUAGGUGACCGAGAAUAUUUCUUUGGUCGCUCUCCUUCCACUAUAGAUGCUCUGAUAUUUUCAUAUUUGGCAUUAUUACUAAAGGUCGAUUUAAAAGUACAAGUCUUGCAGAACCACAUUAAAGCAUGCCCUAACCUUUCUCGAUACGUAACGAAAGCAAUUCAGAGGUUUUUCCCUUCAGACUUUCGUGCUGAGGAACAUCAUAAGAGAAAGGGUCACAAAAGAAGCGACAUUAGAGAUUCUCCUGCAAAAGAUGACAUACCGAAUAAAGGGAGAAAUUUACUACUUUCUGGGCUCAUUGCGUUCACAGCAAUGUUUGGUUAUGCAAUAGCAGCAGGUUUAGUUCAGGUUGAUAUGGGUGAGCCACCAGAGGAAGAAGAGGACUAUGACUACAGAUAUGAAGAAUAUGGAGGGGAAAGUGGAGGUAGUGGUGAAUAGAUAUACAACGAUAUUAGUUCAUGGCAGAAUACAAAGUUUUGAAGAAUGUAGUGUAUGUGAAACAAUACAGAACUUUACUGUGAAUUGUUCAAGAAAUUAAUUGUACAGCUUCAGCAUGGCAGUUCUUGAUAAAGUUGUGUAUUGUUCACAGAUAAAGUGCUUUGCCUAUUAUAAAAUGUGAAUCAGUUUUUAAAGACUCAAAGUGUAAAUGAUUCUGAUGUUUAGUAGCAGUUUCAUGGUUACAUAACUGAUUAUAAUUGUAAAUGCUGUUAUCUAUGCAAUCAGAGGGAAGGUGUAAAAUUUUGAAUGUUUUCUGUUUAUGUAAAAACUUUCUAUUUGUUCAUCACCUAAAAAUUACAAGUGCAGUAUGGAAAUUACACUUAAUGGACUUCAUUCUUUGCAGAAAUAAACCAAAUGCAUAUAGAGAAGCACCUUGAGUAAAUUCCAUGAAAACAAUGGAAAACCAUUUUCAGAGUUUAUUCAGGAGUCAAAGGCUUGUGUCUAAAGUCAUUAGUAACUAUCAUAGUAUAAUGUUUCUAUUCAAGCUGUCUAAGUAUGGAUGUUAUAUAAAAGAUCAAGUUGAUAGCUCUCACCUCUUUCUUCACAGAUAUCCAAGGGGUUUAGUCUGUUUACAACAACUAACUGUUACUUGGAGGUCACUUAUCCUCUGUGCUUACUAGACCAAACACUGUGUAAUCCUUUUAUUCUAAUCAAAUAGCCAGGCAAUGUGUAGGUACAGUGGUCCCCUCGUAUUUGCUGGGGAUGCGUACAAGACCCCCCUCCCCCCUGAAUAGCUAGAACCCACGAAUAGUUGGAACCCCUAUAAAAAUACUUAAAAUGGCCUAUUUGUUAGUUAAUAAAACUUAGGAAAACCCUACUAAAAAUGUUUAUACUGGUUUUUUAAGUGUGAUUACAAAAAGUGCAUUUAAUGAUGAAAUUGAUAAAAAAAACAGGAAUUUGUGGAUAUUUCUCAUAGAAUAAUACUGCAAAUAUUCGAAUUUCCCAUGAAUAGUGGGUGGAUAUGUUCCAGAGAGAAAUCUGUGAAUGUGAGAGUCCACAAAUCCGGAGAAUGGGGCCCCACUGUACCAUUACUAGUAAAGCAUUGUUAUUGUUUUAGUCAUAACAAAUACCAGUUGGUUCAGUAGAAAUGCAUACUAAAGUCUAUUUUAUUCAAUCUGUCCACUCACCCAUGCAGGUUUUGGGUAGAUGUGGUAAUACUCAAGGUUUGGAUUGGCUGAAAACAAUGUUUUUGGUAGCAUGGGCUUACUGUUAUAAAGAUGAAAACUGUUUCUUCAGUAAUGUAUCAGAUUGAUAUACUCAGACUCUUCACAUCCUCAUAUAUAGACCAUGAACAUGCUGAUUCAUAUAUAGAUAAUACAACAAUGCAAGCGUACCAAAGAUGGAAAUCAAGCAAAGAUGAACGAUGGGCUUUUAAUAGUUGUUUUAUUUCAUUAUAAGUAAUUAAAGACAUCAAUUAUGUGAGUCAAAGGAAAGAUAUUUUUAAUCAUUUCUUGCAUGUUAAUUACAUGAGUGGGGUAUUAUUUUAGAUAGUAUAAAGUAUUGGUAUCAGUGAGGCUGUUUGGGGUAGGUAAAAGGAACAGCCACAUCAACAUUGGCCAGAAGGUGGGAAAUUUCAGCUGAUACAUGUGAGUGGUAUUGCAGUUUUCUUUCCUGAACACUCUGGAUCUUUAAUUUUUUCUUGAGCAUACAAAUUAUUCAGUUAGCUCAGUGGUGGGGCAGUUUCAGGAGUAUUUUGCCAAAUAACUUAUCAAGCAAAAGUUUGAAAUCUCACUGAGUUCCCAUUAUCUUUUGUAUUGACAUAUAUACAGAAUUAAAGGCUUGCCCAGACAUAUUUUAUAUUGGUAAGACAUGGGAACGACAUUUAGAUAAAAUGAAUAAAUAAUUUUUACAAUGAGCAAGCAAUUUUGACUUAUAUGGAAUGAAAGUUUGCUUAAAGUGACAACAGUAAAAGGAAAUAUCUGCCAUAUCAUUGGCAUAAGUGUCGUUUUCUUGUCAGUGCUUUAUGUUUUAAUAGUCGACAUCAUUCAGUUAUUUUUCCAGUUUACAGAUGCGAACAAAACUUUGACUAUUAUUUUCAUGUUCAUGCAAUGAAAUUUUACAUAAGAUAAAGUUUGAAAGAUAAGAAACUCUUGGGAUCUGAAUAGUUUGUGGGCAUAAGGCUACUUGUAGCCUGGGCUACAUAGAUAAAACAUAAUUGUUGAAAGCCUGUCAUUCAGUUGUGUUUGAUAUGAGUAGACUGUCUGGUACAAGCUCAUCUUUCUUGUGCUUGCAUAGGUAUAUUUUCAAUACAAAAUGGCAUGUUUAUGAUAUAUACGUAUAUGCAGAAGAUAGGUACUGUGUCGUACCUCUUAAGUAAAUGGGGAUACAAUCCACAAUGAUGUAAAAUCCUUGUAGUGUUAUAGAAUAUACUGUAUUUCUUGUACAACAACUUUUAGCUUUCAACCAUCAGCUGUGGUCUUGUUCACAAUAAGACCACAGCUGAUGGUUGAAAGGUAUAGGUUGUUGUACAAGAAAUAUAUACAGGCGGUCCCCGGGUUACGAUGGGGGUUCCAUUCUUGAGACGCGUCAUAAGCCAGAACAUCGUCAAAAAUCCUAAGAAAACCUUACUUUUAAUGCUUUGGGUGCAUUGAAAACUAUGUAAACUGCAUUCUUAUGCCAUUUUUCAUCAAAAAACCUUCAAACAUUGAUUAUUUUGCAUUUUUGGUGUCAUAUAUCAUCUCCCAGAUGAGCGUUGUAGGCGUCGUAACCCUGGAAAUAACGUCUAUUGACAAGCGUCGUAACCUCGGAACGUCGUAAGCCGACACCGUUGUAACCCGGGGACUGCCUGUAUUCUAUAAAACUACAAGGAUUUUACAUCAUUGUGGAUUGUAUCCCCAUUAUAUAUA